CCGAUUGACUGCUAAAGCCAGUCAAAAUGGAACGUUCGAAAGCGUAUACCAUCUUAUCGGACUAUUGUUUAAAACAUUGUCCACCUACAAUUGCCGGUCACCAGUUCAACGCAUUUAUUUAGCAAGAAUCCAUGUUGAGUUCCUCACCUUUCCUUCACUCGCCAAAUCUCACUCUCUGUAUCUCUCUCUUCUCUAAACCCUAAAAUCUCUUUCUGUACCUUUUCUUUUUCUUGGAGAAGAGAUUCUCUGUAUUUGUUCGUAAUUUCCUAUCCAGAGUGGUUUUGAUUCGUUUUCUUUACUGUGUUUGAUUGACUUUCCCGGAGAAAAGAGGAAAAUGGAGAAUGUUGGUGUUGGGAUGCAGUUUUCCGAUUUAGGGCAAACGUCCGAUUUAACGGCAGAGAGGUGUACGGUAGGGUUCAUGGAUUUGCUAGGUGUUCAUCAAGGCAUCUCACGUAAUACACUGAUCCACCCGCCGCCGAUGCAGUUUCCGGCGACGGCGACACCUCCUAACUCGUCGUACGAGGCUGUGACUGGAGAGGAAAAGAAGAGAGGCUACGGGGAAUCUAUUGAAAAAGAACAUAAGAGAAAUAAGCGACUCGGAGAACAGACGAAGGCGAGAGUGCCAAAAGUGUCAUUCAUCACGAAGAGCCAAAUUAAUAAUCUAGACGAUGGUUAUAAAUGGAGAAAAUACGGUCAAAAACCUGUCAGAAACAGCCCUUUUCCAAGGAAUUACUACCGUUGCACUACAUAUCGGUGUGACGUGAAGAAGAGAGUGGAGAGAUCGUUCAGUGAUCCAAGCAAUAUAAUCACAACCUACGAAGGUCAACACACGCAUCCUACACCACUCAUCAUGUCUAACAGAAGCAGCUUUGUAUCCAAUGGCUCGGCUUCUAGGUCCCACUUUGGCCUCCCUAGGCUCCCUCCUCAGCUUCAUCAUCGACAACAACAACACCAGCUGUCUUUGUUCGGAAAGCAAGAAAAGGGAUUUGGUCAUGAUGAUGACCACGUGAUGAACAAGAGUCGAACUCAUCAGGGUCUGCUCGAUGGGGCUGGUUUAGUCAAAGACCAUGGCCUUCUUCAAGAUGUUGUUUCGUCUCAUAUCAUUAAGGAAGAGCAUUAGUUAAUCGCAUAAUCAAAAUAGCUAUAGCUAGGUUUAAAUUUUCUAAUUAUGUCAACAACAACAACAAAAUAGUCAUUUCCUUUGUCAUCUUGGAUGGAUCAUGUAGGU